UCAAUGACGGCUGCGAAUUUGAACAGUUUGUAUCAUCGUCCAGAGGCCAACUUCUCCCCCAGCUUGUGGGGCGAUCGCUUCCUCAAUUACAUUUCUGACUCCAAUGUGAAAGAAAAGUAUUCCAAGACAGUUGAAGAACUGAAAAAUGAUGUUCGAAAUCUGCUAACAGCUCCAGAAACCAACAUGAUAGACACCAUGAAUCUGAUCGACACCCUUGAGCGUUUAGGCAUCUCGUAUCAUUUUGAAAACGAGAUCGAAGAGAAAUUGCAACAUUAUUUCCAUCUCAAUACCAAUUAUCAGGAUGAUGAAGUCUAUGACUUGUGCACUGUUGCUCUCCAUUUUAGAUUGUUUAGGCAGCAUGGCCACCCUAUAUCUACUGAAAUAUUUGGUAAAUGGGUGGAUGUGGAGGGAAAAUUCAAGGAUGACCUCAAGAGUGAUGCGAAGGGUCUGCUGAGUUUGUAUGAAGCUUCGCAUCUGAGGACAUGUGGAGAAACCAUACUAGAUGACGCGCUUGCUUUUACUACGGCCACUCUCAAAUCCAUGGCCCCAAACCUCGAAUCGCCCCUUAAGGAACAAGUUGCGCAUGCCCUCGUGCAGCCCCUGCAUUUAGGCAUUCCGAGAGUUGAAGCACGCAGUUUCAUCUCCGCUUACAAAGAAGAAGAGCAAAAAAAUGAAACCCUGAUGAAAUUCGCCAAGAUAGACUUUAACUUGCUGCAAAUUAUUCAUAAAGAAGAGCUCAGCCAUAUCUCAAGGUGGUGGAAAGAAUUAGGGCUUAUCUCGAAACUUAGUUAUGCAAGAGAUAGGGUGGUGGAGUGCUACUUCUGGGCGUUGGGAGUGUGCCAUGAGCCACAAUAUUCUCGUGGACGUAUCAUGCUGGCCAAGACCAUUGCUAUGACAUCUCUGAUAGAUGACACUUUUGAUGCUUAUGGUACAGUCGAGGAACUCGAGAUUUUUACUGAGGCAAUACAGAGGUGGGAUGAUGGAGAAAUUGCUCAACUACCCGAGUAUAUGGUACCUCUCUACAAAGCAAUUUUAGAACUCUAUGAGCAAUUCGAGGAAGAAUUAACUAACGAAGGACGAUCCUACGUAGUAUACUAUGCCAUUGAAACACUAAAGGAAUUGGUGAGGUGCUAUCUUGGUGAGGCGAAGUGGUUCAUAAAGGGAUAUUUGCCACCAUUUGAGGAAUACCUAGACAUUGCUUUCACAACAAGUACCUACCAUUACCUCACCACCUCUUCUUUCAUGGGGAUGGGAUCCGCUCGAAAAGAAGACUUCGAAUGGCUAAGUAAGAAGCCUAAAAUGCUUGUGGCUGCACUCACAAUAUGUCGAUUGGUUGAUGAUGCAUCUAGUUAUGAGGUACACAUGCAAAUUCGUUCCAUGAUUAUAAAUAUUUUGGAAACAUAUUUUGAUUUUAAGAAAGUAAGGUUUCUUUCAAAAAAAAAAUUCAUUUGAUCAUAUCAAUGAUGAUGAUGUGGCAUGCAU